ACGGGAACGGAGAUGGGAGUGCGAUCUGAGUGUAGAUGUGUAAUAAUGGAGAAGAGAGAGAAAUUGUAAAAAUACACUUAACGGCAGUAAUGUGUUAAAGGGGAUGUGACUUGUUAUGCAAAUGCGGAUACCGUAUUUCAAGCUGAUCGGAAGCAACGAUCUCUGGCUGAUUUCACUUUAAUUAACGCUCAUAAUUUAUAGUUUCACUUAGAGUUUGCUAGAAUGACAAAGAUUCGUUAAAAGCGAGACACGGUCUUUCAUUAUCAGUACUGAUUUUAACUCGUAUGAGCAUUAUAAUGAAUAUUGUUUUGCAGGGAGAAGAGUGUUUGCAGAGGAUAAAUAAGAGUACUUUCGAAAUUCGCAAAAUUAGCAUCGAUAUGUUUUUAUUGUAUUUUUCUUACCGAACUGCUGUAAAGAAAUAGAUAAACAUGCUUUCCAUGUAUUGGGAAACCACGGAAAACUCUGUGGAUGGAGCAUUAGAAACCGAUAGUAUUGCAACGUGCAGCGUUGAACUCUCUGAAGAUUCGACAUCUAAAAUGGAUAUUGCUUGCGUUCUCGACCUCCAACAGUCGGAGAAUCUGUUUCAUAGGCAGAAGGCGUUCGAAGAAGCCAAGAAUGCUUGUGAUAGAGUACGUGCUAAAUUUCAUCACAUUGAAUUUGAAAAAUUAGAUUGCGGAGACACGAAUGUACUGGACACGUUUUAUAACGCGGAUAUUGCAGUUAUUGAUUUAAGCAUACAAUUGCAACGAUCCGCUCUAUUUUAUCAUUUGGGAGUUCGUGAAAGUUUUGGCAUGAAAGAAAACAUUUUGCUGUAUAAUGGUCUGGACUCGAAAGCGACGAUUAGAUUGAAGUUAUCUUGUGGCAGCUAUACGUUAGUUCCUUACGACUUUGAAGAUGCGAAGGUUUGUCUAUCCCGCUCAACUGUCGAUAAACCUAUUAACGACGAAUUGAUCAGUCUCUCUGACAAGCUAAAAAAACUUUAUGAAGAAGUGGAAGUACAAUCAAAGUAA